CCGCAAUCAGCUGAGCCACUGAUCGUUUUUUUCGCAUCGCAAUUGUGUUUGGAAGCAGCGCAAAAAUAGGCGGUCAUCCCCAGUUCUUCCCCCAUUUUGACCAACAUCCUGCACAGGGAGCACGAAUUGAGCCUCAAUGCACCAUCGCGGAUGACUGUGGGUGUGCCGUGGCAGUGAGACAGUGGGUGAAAUAUGUGGAGUUGAGACGCAAUUGAGGCGACAAAAGUGCACAGAAGUGACAAAGAAAAGUGGGGAAUAUGGCGAAGCCUGACGUCAGUUACAGCGCCUUGAACAAUGAGGGCAGAAACCCCUUUGUCCUGCACGAGCAGCGUUCCGCCUACGAGCAGGACAUCGACGACUCGGACAACGAGGAAGCGCCCCCCGUCAGCGGCAUUGUGAUCCAUGUAGCCCCAGAGGCAGGCAAAGCGCGAUGGAACCACAUUGAGGAUCUGGAUUCCUUCUUCUCGCGAAUGUACUGCUACCAUCAGAAGCACGGAUUCUGGGUGAUGAUGCUGCAGGAAGUGUUUGAGUUGCUCCAGUUCAUCUUCGUGGUGACCUUCACGUCGUACCUGAUGCACUGUGUGAACUAUGAGGCGCUCUUUCGGGAGGGAAAGUACAGUGAAGCUACCAAAAUCACGAUUCCCGAAGUUUUGGUGAGUAGUUCGGAGUGUAUUGGGGCAUUUGGCGCAUGGACUUGGACCGCAUUGACUCUGUCGGCACUCUUCUGGCUCUUCCGCCUCAUCAAAGUUCUUUACCACUUCAUUCAGUUCUGGGAUAUCAAGCUAUUCUUCAAUUCUGCACUCAAGAUUGAAGAUGGUGAAUUGGACAAUUUGACCUGGCAUGAGGUGCAGAGACGCAUCCGGGAAGUGCAAUCGGAACAGCAAAUGUGUAUCCAUAAAGAGCAACUCACCGAAUUAGAUAUUUAUCAUCGUAUUUUAAGAUUUAAGAACUACACCGUGGCCAUGAUGAACAAGAACAUCCUUCCGGCCAAGGUUCGCUUUCCCUUCUUGGGCGACGUGAGCAUCUUAAGUCGAGGAUUGCGUUACAAUAUGGACCUGAUACUCUUCUGGGGUCCCUGGUCGCCUUUCGAGAACAAUUGGCACCUUCGGGAGGACUUCAAGCGUGCGAAUCUGCGGAAGGAUCUCGCAUCGAAGUUAUCGAAGCAGAUAACAUGGGUGGCACUAUCGAAUUUCCUUCUCUGUCCAUUGAUCUUCCUCUGGCAGCUCAUGUAUUUCUUCUUCAAUUAUGCCGAACUACUGAAGCGCGAGCCUGGAAAAUUGGGGACACGUUGCUGGUCGCAAUACGGAAAACUCUAUUUGAGACACUUGAAUGAACUCGAUCAUGAACUGGAGGCGCGACUCAAUAGAGCCUAUCGACCCGCUGUGAAAUACAUGAACUCAUUCUCAUCGCCUCUGAUGGCAGUUAUUGCUCAAAAUAUGGUGUUCAUUUGCGGUGGUGUUUUGUCAGUUUUCAUCCUUUUGACCAUCUAUGAUGAGGAUGUGAUGCAAGUGCAGCAUGUUCUCACCGUCAUGUCCAUUCUCACGGCGAUUGUGGUGAUCUUCAGAGUGUUCAUUCCCGAGGAGAACAUGAUUUGGUGUCCUGAGCAGUUGCUCACGGCUGUUUUGGCACAUGUGCACUAUCUGCCGGUGACGUGGCGAGGGAAGGCGCACACGAGCCACGUGAGGGAGCAAUUUGGGCAGCUGUUCCAGUUCAAAGCGUCCUAUCUCCUCAAUGAACUCUUCAGUCCUCUCAUGACACCCUUCGUGCUCAUGUUCUCGCUGCGUCCGCGCGCGCUGGACAUUGUGGACUUCUUCAGGAACUUCACAGUGAGCGUUGUGGGUGUGGGUGAUGUCUGUUCCUUCGCCCAGAUGGACAUCAGACGCCAUGGAAACCCAGAUUGGCAAUUGACGCCGAGCACAGAGGCUGAACCGGAGUUUACGCCGACUUGCGAGACCAAUCAAUACACGCAGGCUGAGCAUGGGAAGACGGAACUCUCGCUGGUGCACUUCACCAAGACCAAUCCCACGUGGAAGAUGCCAGAGGAGUCGAAGAAGUUCGUUCAGGGAAUCACUCGUCACGCCGUGAAUGAUCUCAAUCGAACACGCGCCACGACAGGCACUGGUGCUCUGCUCAGCACAACGGCGAUGGGCGAGAGUCUGAUGUCAAUGGGCAGCUUGGGUGGCGAAUACACGUCCAUUGUGCAGUCGGUGCUGCGGCAGAAUCAGACGCUGAACAAUUCACAGAUGGGCCAGUCAUUCUUCCACAUUCCCACGCACGUGACGCCGCAAGAGCAGCAGCAGCAGCAGGCUGUGCACCAGGCCACGCUGGACUUCGAGAGGAUGCUGCAUCAGAACCUCACGGACACAUCUGUGCCGCUGAGAAGUACUCUCCUCACGGACAUUGCCGAGGAUGAGGAUGCCGACGUGACGACGAGGAGUGCAGCUGGUCCGAGCACGUCUCAGGCGCGAGUUGUGCCGCGCGUGAUGAGUUCUAGUCUCAGGGGUGUGAGCAGGCGAGAGGGUCCGUCGGAGUUGGAGCCCAAUGGGAUUCUGUACAGUCUCAAUUGCUUCCCGACGACAGAAGUGCAGCCAGAACUCACGGUGGCUGACAUGAGUCUGAGUACACUCUUCCUGCACGAGCUUCACCAUCGACAUAUGACGAGAAGAGGAGUGCGUCUGGAGGAGCACAGCCAGCGCCAGCUGUGGCAGACGCCGCACCAGCAAUCUUCCUCGACGGCGGCGCCUGUGGCUGGGCCGUCAACUGGGCUGGCCGAGAGGACGCCGCUCCUGGGCACGAAGAAGUCAUAGCACUGCGCCGAGUGGGUCUAGUGCUCGGCGGACCUCAUUUCCUCUCCAAUACCAUCAUGAGAUUAUUCCUCAAUCGCGUGCGCGCGAGUGAGACAAGAAUCAAAUCACUGGACUUUUUCUAUAGUGAGGACUUUUACUAAUUGAUUGAAAAGUGUGACUGUCGUUUUAUCUCUAUUUGUCUCUACGUUUGAUCAUCAUCAGUUUAUUAGAAUAUUCUUUUUGAUAGACUUUCGAAACAUGCAGAACAGAAAGAUUCUUCAUCACAAAGUGUAAAUAAUCCCUCAGCCGCUAUUCUUUCUUUUUUUUCUAACAGAAAUUGUGUAAAUAGCUAAGACAAGACGUUUAUGGAAGCACACUAAUACUACAAGUUAAAGAAUAUAAUGUUUAAAUGAUAGUUAGAUAAAUUAAAAAAAAAAAACAGAGGAGAAAUAAAGAGAACAAGAAUGAUAGAA